CUCUUCAGUUUUCCCACACUUCUUCCCUAAUUAUUGUCCUGCAGGACAGCUGAUCUAUUUCAAACAGGAAGCUGUUUACAGAUAACACUUGCAACUGUUUUGUCUGAUUUGUUGAACUGUCGAAAAGAAAAAGACAACCUCUUUUCAAAUUAAAAACUGUCAGACUUCUGUAAACAGCAGCAAUGAGGUUCAUCUGUGCAGUGUCCCUGCAGGCACAGAGCGUUUUGCAGUUCCCAUUCUCUCAGCAGCCAUAAGGAGUCAGUGACCUGUAAGUGCUCAUUAUGAAGAGAGAUCUGGUUUUCUUGGUGACUCUAAUUAGCCUUGCCUUCCUGUCACUGCUAAGAUCUGGAUAUCCUCAACACAUUGCAGAGGAGUCCUGCUCUGUUCAGAUUCUUGUUCCAGGCCUCAAAGGGGAGGCUGGAGAAAAGGGGGAGAAAGGCGCUCCAGGUCGUCCGGGCAGAGUUGGACCUCCAGGAGAAAAAGGAGAAAUGGGGGACAAAGGACAGAAGGGCAGCAUAGGACGUCAUGGAAAAAUUGGUCCUAUUGGUUCAAAAGGUGAAAAAGGAGAUAAUGGUGACAUAGGACCACCAGGUCCUAAUGGUGACCCAGGCAUCCCUUGUGAGUGCAGUCAGCUAAGGAAGGCUAUUGGUGAAAUGGAUAUUCAAGUAGCCCAGCUGACGACAGAACUAAAAUUCAUAAAAAAUGCACUGCCCUCCCCCGCAGCUGUCGCCGGUGUGCGUGAGACAGACAAUAAGAUAUAUCUGCUGGUGAAGGAGGAGAAGAGGUACAAGGAAGCCCAGCUGUACUGCCACGGACGAGGAGGGACGCUGAGCAUGCCCAAGGAUGAGACUGCCAACAACCUGAUUGCCUCGUACAUCAACCAAGCUGGGCUCACCAGAGUCUUCAUUGGGAUUAACGACCUGGAGAAAGAGGGGAAUUUCGUCUAUUCUGACCGGUCGCCCAUGCAGACCUUCAACAAAUGGCGCAGCGGGGAGCCCAACAACGCUUACGACGAGGAGGACUGUGUGGAGAUGGUGGCCUCUGGGGGCUGGAAUGACGUUGCCUGUCACAUUACCAUGUAUUUCGUGUGCGAAUUUGACAAAGAAAAUGUCUAAGCUGCUCUGCUCUUUCUCUAUUUUAAGAAAAAUGUUUAAGACAGUGAUACAACAUGGUUACUCCGUGUUUAUAGGGUACAAGUGAAAUUUUACAAGUAUGCGGUGUCGGAGUUGUACAGCUGUAAAUACAGUCAAAUAUCAGAAUUUACCCUUCAGAAGGGAAGAGCAGUAAUAAGGUAUAGCUUGGUUGGCUUUUUCUUUAUUUAGGAAAAUAUAUCUGUUUAGAUAAAAAUGUGCUUUGGGGCUAAAUUUUGCCCUUACAACAGAUAACAAAUGUUAAUAUGACUGUAAGGGAAGGCAGAAUUUGGCCUCUAGUUGUUAGAAUGGUUAGAGUUAGAUUCCUGAUAUUCUUUUAUCUUAGCAAAAUUUGUAGUUAUAAAUGCUAAUAACUUGCAGUGCUACAGGGAUAUUUUGGUAACAAGGCAUAUUUUGUAUACUCCAGUUAAUAAGUACAAAUAUUACUGUAGGUUUUUUGAAGGUUAAAACUUUUUUUUUUAAACUGGCCAAAGCAAAUCAAAAGUCAAGAUUCCUACCAGUUUUGUAAUGUUUCUUCAUUAAACUGUUCACAGAUGUAUGACCAAAAAGCAUUUAAGUAAACUGAAUUUUAGUUCUGAGGGAGGAAAAAGUCUAGUGAAAGGUGUCCCUGCCCAUGGCAGGGGGUUUGAACUAAGUAACUUUUAAGGUCUCUUCCAACCCAAAAUAUUCUAUGAUUCCAUGAUUCUAUGGUAUGAAAAUUCUUAUAAUUUAGUACUAAGAGGGUUUCCAUCCAGGUGGUGUUUUGGGAUUGGCUGAACGUAAAAGUAACAGUUUGAUUUUCUGCAUUCCUUAGUUGAAAAGGACUCAGUGCAUGAAGUAUUUUAGACCCUGAAUAAUUCCCUAAAGUAAAUGCUUCAUAUUUCUUUAAGAUAAUCUUGGUGCAUCUUGUUACAAAACAAACAAAAAUACCAGCCCUCCACAAUUUAAGUCAGACUUCAUAUAUAUGCAAUUAAGCUCAUGAAAACACAUUAGCGAUCAGUUCCUUUUAGUAAGAAAACAGCUUGCAUGUUUACACAGAUUGUUAAAACAAUCCCCUGAAAAGCAGAAGAGUUUCCGAAAUUUUCCUGUGUAUAUAGCAGUAAUAAAUAACUUUGCACAAAUAAUUUAUGUACCAAAUUUACAUUGAAAAAAGGAUGUAUAUUAAAAAAAAAAAAAACAGCAUAAUUUCACAAAAGAAAUGAUGAAUUACUUUAAAUCUUCCCAGGAGCCAGUUGCAUGCCACCUCAUCUUACUGUUAGGCACAGAAAAAUUGAAAAAAUUUGCAAAAUAUCUGUGUUUCUUUAGGAAUACCUUGCACAGUGUUUUGAGAUGAUUUUUAAGAAUAAAUGAUCCUUGCAUGACAUUCUGGUCAAAAUGCAUAUCUGAUCAUUAUGGCAGAUUGGCAUAUAAGAUAUCCACAGUGGAUACGGCAUGUGGUCCCAGAGAUUUCCUUACAGCAGGGAAACCAACUCAUAUCAACUCUGCUGUGCUGCAGCAUGUAAACAAUGACAUUAUUUGAUUUAUAUACCUAAGAGAACAAACUGUUUUGUUUGAUAUAUUUACUCUGUAAAUCUCUCUCCUUUAUAUAUAUAUGUUUGUUAUUAAUUUUGAAGAUCACUAGCAGUACUACAGUAUCCUAUAGUAUUUGAUUAUCAGCCCAGCUCCAGAGAAAUAACUCAAAAUGAAUGGGUUCUUUGAUUGCUUUAUUUUCCUUUAAUAAAGAUAGGUAUGAUACCUGUGUGUUAGUUAUUCUUCCAACUGCAUAUUGAAAUCUAUUAAAUAAUGUGAAUCUCUUUCUACACUAAUAUUCAAAGACUCUGUAGAAUUUGCAGGGAGCUAGCAAUUCCAGUAAAGCAAUUUGUUUAGAGUAGUGCUUUGAAUAUCAUGAUUGUUUCCUGCCUGCUAUAGAAAUCCUCAGAAACCGUUUAAAUCUCCAAUAUACUUUUGUCAAAUCAUUGUUGCUAUAUUAAAACAGUCCAAACCUGAGAUAUAGAUAUUUGAAGCUCCCUCAUUAUGUGUGCUGAAGUUGCUGUUUUUCACCUAGGUUUUUAAAGUUUCU